AUGAAGUUGAAAGUGAUUUAUUCUCUCAUAGCAAUAGGCAUCAUCAUCACUAUUAUCUUAGCCUUAAGUUUCCGAAAUAGAGGAGAAAAACCCACAGAAUGUGAGAAUUCUUCCCAGAAAAAGGGGCAAGAGGAAGGUGGUCAGAAUACUGGCAGCCAAGUAUUUCAAGAUUUAACCCCAGAAGAGAUAAUGCAAGUAAAGAGAUAUUUACAGUCCAACCUGGGAGUGCCACUGGUGGAGACACCUCAAACCAAACCAUCAGACAACUGCAUUUAUUUCAUAACUUUGCAGCUCCCUCCCAAAGCACAAGUAUUACAAUUCCUAGAUGAUCAAGGAUCUCAGCCACCACGAGAAGCUCUGGCUGUGGUCCAUUUUGGAAAUCAGGUGGAGCCCAAUGUGACAGAAUAUCUGGUGGGUCCACUUCCAGAACCAACAUAUCAUGAAGACAUCACAGUAGAAAAAUAUGGAAGGAAAUUGCCUUAUUCUCAAAGGAUGGUUUUGACAAAUGAGUUUCGUGAAAUCCGUAAUUUCUUAAAGAGAAAUGAAUACACGAAGGCUCCAAAUUUCAUGCAAAAAGUUCUAAAUUACAAUGGAAGCAAUCUUCACUAUAGCAGUCAAAUGCCACCAGGGCUGAAAUCAGAAGAUCGGAAAAUGUGGGUGAGUCAUUUUCAGAAUGUGACUGGCUCCUAUUUGCAUCCAGUUGGAUUAGAGGUCCAAGUGGAUCAUAGUAGCUUGGAUGUUUCUGAGUGGAAGGUAAUAAAAGUAUUCUAUAAUGGACAAUACUUUGAAGACAUGGAAGAGCUUGAGAGACAAUUCAAUAUGGGACAGGUUAGAGUAGAUAAGGUUAAAGAAGCUCCUCUUGAUGGGGGCUAUUCUUCACUGAAGCAGAGGGUACCACCAAAAGAUCCAGGCCCUUUGCAGUAUGAACCUCGUGGACCACGCUAUAGGAUUCACAAUAAUCAUGUCACUUUUCUGAACUGGAGUUUUGCCUUUGGAAUUGAUGCAAGCAGGGGUCCACGUAUCUUUGAUGUCAGGUUUAAUGGAGAAAGGAUAAUCUAUGAGUUAAGUUUGCAAGAAGCAAGUGCUAUCUAUGGCUCCAACGGUCCUACUUUUAUGUUGACCAGAUACUUGGAUGCCAGCUUUGGACUUGGAUCCUAUAUCUUUCCACUUACCCAGGGAGUAGAUUGUCCUUAUUUAUCCAGUUAUUUAGACUGGCACUUUUUUUAUGAUAGUUCCUUACCUGUUAGCCGUAAAAGGUCUAUCUGCAUCUUUGAGCAGAAUGCUGAGUUACCUAUACGACGACAUUAUGAAAGCAUCCAGUCUCCUUUUUAUGGCGGGUUGGCAGAUUCAAAUCUGGUGUUUCGGACUAUAUCUACAGUUGCCAACUAUGACUAUGUCUGGGAUUUUAUUUUCCACCAAAAUGGAGCUGUUGGUGUUCGAGUCCAUGCCACUGGGUACAUUCAAACUUCAUUUUACUUUGAUGAUGCCGAAGACUUUGGCAAUAGAGUCCAAGAAUGGGUCUUGGGAGCAAUUCAUACCCAUAAUAUUCAUUUCAAGGUGGAUUUGGAUAUUGGUGGUGUGAAAAAUAUCCUAGUUGGCAAUGACAUGGCUUAUGAGAGCUUGCAGGCUCCUUGGAGUCCAGAAAAUACGAUCCAUCGAAUGAAAAUGGUUAGGAAAGUUUUGGAUACUGAGAACGAAGCAGCAUUCUAUCUCCAUGAUGAUAUGCCCAGAUACAUUUAUUUUGCAUCCAAUUGCACCAAUAAGUGGGGCCAUGAGCAAGGCUAUAGGAUCCAGAUACUAGCUGUUACCAAGAGGAAGGAAAAUGAGCCUUUCAGCACCACUGUCUACAAUCAGGUUGACCCAUGGAAUCCUCCCGUGGACUUUGCUGACUUCAUAAACAAUGAGAACAUUGUCAAUGAGGAUCUGGUUGCCUGGAUCAAUGCUGGUUUUCUCCAUAUUCCACAUUCUGAGGAUAUACCCAAUACUGCAACCCUUGGGAAUGUGGUUGGUUUCUUCUUGAGACCCUACAAUUAUUUUGAUGAUGACCCUUCCAUGUAUUCUCCAGACAGUGUUUAUUUCAACCACCCGGAGGACCCCACUUCCUGUGAGGUCAACCAACUUGCAUGUCUGGCAAAAAUAGCUUCGUGUUUGCCCAGUUUUCCUCCUUUCACUUAUGAGGGUUUUCAAAACAUGACAGUUUUCUAA